UUGGACACGGGAGUCGGCAGCUUCAGAAAUUUUGCGAAGAUGAUCAAGACUGAAAUGGCUGAUAGUAUCAACUAUAAUACACCUAGUGGUUUUAGAGAUGUAUUCAAUUGUCAAGCCCCCGUGACUACACAGAAUGGCGAAUGUUUAUAUCUGUGCGUCUACUGCGGUAAAAGUUUUGACUGUGGAGACACGCUGAAACAGCACAUGGUAGCGCACAGUGGGAGAGGUCCUCACACUUGUGAGCAGUGCGGCAAAAGUUUCUCAACACGAGAUGAUUGGUCGCAGCAUAUGCGAAUCCAUACGGGUGAAGCGAAUCACGAAUGCGAGCUGUGUGGUCGGACGUUCACGCUACGAACAAACUUAACUAAACAUAUGAAGCUUCACACUGGCAAGAAAACCUUCCACUGUGAACACUGUACAAAGAGCUUUACUGAGAAGUAUAAUCUUGACAUGCAUCGUAGAACACACACUGGUGAAAGACCACAUCAAUGUGAAACUUGUGGGAAAACUUUUACCCAGAAGAGUAGUCUUAAUGUUCAUCUGAAGACGCAUACCAGCCCAGGUGAACGACCUUUUUGUUGCGAGCAGUGCGGUUUGACAUUCGCUUCAGCAAUCGGGUUAACGAGCCACAGGCGAGUACACACCGAAGCACAACAGGUCCUUAAUGAUGAAUUGAAUAAUGAUUUGCGAUUGAAGAAUCACACAGAUAUACAAGCUGCUGAAGGGUUAGAUGAUGCUGUACACAACGUUUCCACCCAUGGCCUGAGAAACGGAGAAAUUGGUCAUACCGAUGUGCCGAUUGGUCAACCUUUGUAUAAGUGUGAUCUGUGUAAUGAGUUCUUUUUUGAGAAGAUAUUGCUGGAUCAACAUGUUAUAACGCACAGCGUUGUGAAUGACGAUAUGAAUGCAAUGAAGAGUUCUUCGGAAGCGACAAUUCCAAGCACGCAUGAAGGUGUAAAUGACUACUUUACAUGCAAACAGUGUGGAUCAAAUUUCACGCUGAUGAACGAUUUAAUUGAACACAUGAACAUGCAUGCCGUGGAGAAAACACACCUGUGUGAACACUGCAACGAACGCUUUACUCGGAUUGCAAGACUUGGAAGAACAUUUAAGAACACAUGUUAUGGAGAUGGUACAUACUUGCGAGGUCUGUGGGAAACAGUAUACAGACGUGAAUGA